AUGGACCUUCGGGUGCAGGGCCGUAAGAUUAAAUUUUUUAUUUUUUUAACCCCCAUGAAAGCUUUUGAUGAAUCACCAAAAAAAACCAUGAGCGCUAUCUUACACAGUGUAGAAAAUUAUAUCAAUUAUUUGAUUCAAAAAGGACUUUUAUCUACAUCAAAAAUAUGUAUUAAGUGUGAAAAAAUGACAAUGAAAAUUGUAAAAGAUACUACAUCUAAUGAUGGUUACUGCAGGACAGUAAAGAUGUAG